AUGGCAGAUAACGCCGAUAUAAAAAAUUUAAAACGAUGUUUCGAAGAAAUUAUUCCUGUUGUUCAGCGAACCAUUGAACAACUGCGACCGAGAAAGUCCGAUUCACAAUCGAAUACUCUACAUGAGAAUUCAGUAUUGAAUACAGGUGUAUUUACAUUUACAUUGAAUAAACUUGAAGAUGACGAAAUGAAUACACUUAGAUUAAAUCUUGAAAAUAUUGUCGAUAAAUAUCGACCACUUCUAAGUAAAACAUGUCAAAAGUACUUACUCGAGUUUUUAUGUCAAUAUCAUUACAAUGACGCAGAGCGAAAAUUUACAAGCUCCUUUACCAUGGACAGUCUUUAUCCAUUCGAGUGUGGUCUUCAGGGAGCGCUAGCAUCUAUCGAUGCUUUUGUAGCGGCAUGGGAAGGAAAUGUGCAACCUGUCAAAGAUUUCAUUGAAAAAUAUCCGACAUUCAAAGAUAAGCCGGGCCUUCAUGGAACAACUCUUUUAUAUUCAGCAGCCAAGAACAACCGUAUGCCACUUGUCAUAUAUCUUGUUGAGAUUGCUAAAUGUGCUAUCAAUGCUCAAAAUCUUCAGGAUCUUGCGAAAGCAUUGGAAGCACCCAGCGGACACUAUAGUACCAUCCCAUCAGCUGCUUCAACAGCAUUACACGGUGCUUGUUUUAAUGGACACUUGAAAGUCGUAGAAUAUUUAAUUCAACAUGGAGCCGACUAUUUCAUUUUAAAUCAAGCUCACGAAACACCGAUUGAAAAUGGAAAACAACAUGAUAGUAUUCGACAAUUUUUCGAAAACUUUCUAAUACUCGGCUAUUCUCAAACAGGAAAAGCUCUACCUCGAGAGCCAAUUCGAGAAAAGUCGACAGUGAAAACAUUUGAUUGUAUUUGGGAAUAUAAACCGCUCUCCAGCCAAGAAUGGAAUGUAUUCUCGAUUGAGGAAUCCAAUGAAUUAAGUCAAUCGCUUCUCGUGGAACCUGAUCAAGAAAUGAAACGCGAAGUCUAUCUGAGUGCACGUUCUAAUGUCUAUAGUGUCUCACUUAUUCAAUUUCUGCGAUCGGGUAAAAAUAGUGAUCCAAAAAGAAAUUUAGCAUGGGUACGUUGCCGUGGUUCAUCAAUUUGGAACUUCGAUUGCUAUUCAUUAUGGCAAAUAAUGAUAAUACAACAUCCCAGCGUGCCGUCGAAUGAUGAACCCUCGUUAAAAGCCUUUGAUGUAUCAACAACUUACGAUAGUCACUUUCGGCUACAACUUAGUUGUUGGUAUAAUUGCACGGCACAAAUCAGUGCGCAACUCGAUCAUGGAAUCAAUUAUCGACAAAAAAAGAUUUGUAUCGAUGUUGAUUUUAUAAGUACUGAUAUUUUGGAAUUCAAUCUUCAAACAUUUACAUUUACUAAUAAUAAAAAAACAGUAGUCGGCUUCAUACGUUGGAUACCAAAACUGAUAUCGAACAAACAACAAGAUUCCAGUAGAAUACUUACAAUUGAUAAUUUUCAAAAUUUAACUAAUCUUGAUCCUGUACCAUUUACCACAAGACGACUGAAGCAAGCAUCACGACGCAAUGACACGCAUUCAAUCGUCAAUGAUGAACUGUUAGUCGAUGAAAAUGUUGAUGAUUCUGUAUCACAAACUCUUCUCAAUGCGGAUGAAGGUGACGAAGACUACUUUGAAGCUCAAAGAGAGACUACCAAAGUCUCUAACGAUGGAUAUUGGUCUAUGAAAGAUUUUCAAAAAGAUGAUGAUAUCGAAUCAGUGGCAAGCGACGAUGCAAGGAGUGAAAUUCUCGAUGACUAUUUAAAUGAGGCUUCAAGCCGAAGUUCAGCAACAUCCACAAUAGUAGAAUCAAUUUCAGUUGCUCAUCGUCAAGAAGUAGACGCGAUUAAAGCUGAUCUAGACAAAAAAGAUCAGGAGAAUCGAAACCUUCAAGCCCAAUUGGACGCUGCUGAUGAAGAAAUGAGGCGACAAUUAUUGGAUAAUCAGCAGAAAACAGCUGAACAGGAAGCAGCAUUUGACAAACUACUCAAAAAGAUCUCACAAUUGAAUGAUGCCCAAACAAGAAUCAAGGCAGAAAAAGACGAAGCUCAAAGGAUAGAACAAGCUGUCAAAGCUAUCGACUACAAGGAGAUUGAAAUAGAAAUCGUACAGGAUUUUUUAACGCCGAAAUUUAACCUGGUAUUCGACUGUUUGAAGCGAACAACGACUAAAUUUGGUAGUUAUCCUAUAGAUAAAAUACUAAAAAUGUCAUUUGAAAAAAGAACAAAUUCAUACAUUGUCACCAUUGUUGGCUUCCAAGAGCAUCAUGAAACAUUCAAAAUGAUUUUAAAACGAAUACGACAUUUAAUGCGUUUGAAACAAGGGGCCGUUGCUUUUCAUCAACGAAAAUUGGAUGGAAUGAAAAAUGCAAUCAAAUUCAAUCUUUCCAAGGUUCGACAGAAAGCACAAUUUUGGAAACAAUACGAAAAAACUUUGAUUCAAUUAAUUAACGCGAAGUCAAGUGAAUAUGCAACAAUGUUUAAUGAUUACAUGGGACAAAAAAUGAGUUCAUUAACCGAACAAUGUAUUUCUAACGAUUUGACUUCAAUUAAAACUGAAAUUCACAACCAAACAAAUAAUUUCAUGAAAGAUAACAAUCUGUUGCUCAAAGAAAUUGAAUCACUUAAAUUCCAAGCACUUGAAGAAUUUAUUCAGCAAAAUAUUACUAUUCAACGAAAUCAUCUUGAGAAAAAGCCAACACCAAAAGCAAUAUCCACACUGGAAAAAUUUAUUGAAAAAGUUCGAAAUAUACUGAAAACAAAUCCAAGGUUUAUCGGUCAUGAAGUAAAACAUUAUAAUAUGAUACCUGACCUAUUACAACGAUUAAUGAUCUAUUAUUGUUGCUUUAAAACACAACUACCUUUGUACGAGUCGUCAUUAGAACUAUUGGAUAAGAUUGAACAGAAUACAGUCACAACAAUUGCAACAUCAACCGGAUCAGGUAAAUCGAAUCGUUUGUUUUGA